AUGCUAUUAUGAAAAAUCAAUGCGAAAUUCAAAAAACACAUUAUAAUUAUUCAAGCUCCGUUCGAAGUGGUUAUUUGUAUAUUCUUUAUUAUAUAUCAGGAACACCUUAUUCAUGUCAGCAUUCGGUAUCACCAAGUGCAAGUUUACCCGAAGAAAUGUUUACACAAUUAUCUGAGCUGAUCGAGGAAUACCAAAAUUAUGAUCAAAAUGAGGACGAUGUCUCGCGCCUUGAUAAAAUGCUAGAAUCAUUAUCAUCGCAUAUAUCUGUUCCUUCUUCCGCAGCCGAGAGUUUUAUUUCUCGGGUAAGAGAACUUAUGAAUGCAAACUUCCGUCCAGACAAGAAGAGUAAUGCGGAAUGUCAUGAUAAUACUGAUUCAAUAAUAAAAAAAGGACAAGAAUAA